GGCUCUAAGGGGGCGAUGCCGGAGCAGGCACGGGGGGCUGGUGGGUUAUUUGUGGGGAGUGUUAUUCAGCGGAGCACGGCCAGCCUUGACCGAAGGAUGCCAAAGCAGUGCCGGGGCAGCCGGAGCGAGCGGGAGCUUGGGGAGGCGAUGCUGCUCCUGCAGCUGCUAAAUGGGGGUGUAAGGCUUGGGGGGGCCGCCCUGGGCUUUGCCCUGCAGCAGGGGGGUUGCUCCCGGCUGCUGGGCUCUGCUCGCCGCCCCUCCGGCAGCGGGUGCCACGGUCACGAGUGGCACGUCCCCUUGUCCAGCCGCAGAGGACAGCUCUGCUGCAAUGCGGUUGCUGGCGCGCCGGAGCCGCCGGUGCCCCCCACGUUCCGGGCCUUCGGCGAGCGGCGGCGGCGUGUGGCUGGGCAGGUGACCAGGAUGCUGCACCAUGGGAAGCACUGGAGGUCCAUGUGCAAGGGGCUCGUCCUGGGGACCCUCCUGACCAGCUUCAUGCUGCUGCUCUACUCCUACGCCAUCCCCCCGCUGCAAGUCAGCGUGACAGAGAUCCCCGUCCCCUCCUCCUGCUCCUCGUACCCGGCCCCCGGCAAGGCGCCAGCAGUGGCCAACGGCACGGGCAGCCCCUCGGGACGGAGCUGCCUGCCCAAGCUGAACAUCAUGUUCAUGAAGACGCACAAGACGGCCAGCAGCACCAUCCUCAACAUCCUCUUCCGCUUCGGGGAGAAGCAUCGCUUGAAAUUCGCCUUCCCCAAUGGCCGCAAUGACUUCUACUACCCCUCCUACUUCGAGCGCAGCCAGGUGCAGCACUACCGGCCGGGCGCGUGCUUCAACAUCAUCUGCAACCACAUGCGCUUCCACUACGAGGAGGUGCGCAAGCUCCUGCCGGCGGACGCUACCUUCGUGACGGUGCUGCGGGACCCUGCCUACCUCUUCGAGUCCUCUUUCCACUACUUUGGGCGCGUCAUCCCCCUCACCUGGAAGCUGACGGGGGAGGACAAGCUGGCGGAGUUCCUCCGGGACCCCUGGCACUACUACGACCCCAACGGGUUCAAUGCUCACUACCUCCAAAACCUCCUCUUCUUUGACUUGGGCUACGACAACAACAUGAAUGCCAACAGCCCGCUGGUGGAGGAGCACAUCCAGGAGAUAGAUCGCCGUUUCCACCUCGUCAUGUUGCUCGAGUACUUUGACGAGUCCCUGGUGCUGCUGAAGGACCUGCUGUGCUGGCAGCUGGAGGACGUCCUCUACUUCAAGCUCAACGCCCGGAAGGGCUCCACCGUCUCCUGGCUGACACCUGAGCUCUAUGAGAAGGCUACCUCCUGGAACCUCAUCGAUGCUAAGCUCUACCGCUAUUUUAAUGCCACCUUCUGGCGUAAGGUGGAGGCCUACGGGAGGGAGCGGAUGGCCAAGGACGUGGCCGAGCUGCAGCGGGAGAACGAGAAGAUGAAGAGCAUCUGCAUCGACGGGGGACACCCCGUGGACGCCAGUGCCAUCCAAGAGUCCUCCAUGCAACCCUGGCAGCCGCUGGGGGAGAAGUCCAUCCUGGGCUACAACUUGAAGAAGAAGAUCAACAAGAAGCACCAGAAGCUGUGCCGCAAGAUGCUGACGCCCGAAAUCCAGUACCUGACUGACCUGGGGGUUAACCUCUGGAUCACCAAGCUAUGGAGCCGCGUACGGGACUUCCUGAAGUGGUAGGGGACGGCGGGCACCCCGCUCUCCCCGGGGAAGAACCAGGUGCUUUCCUUUUUUCGUACUCAUGGUGUCUUUUGGUUGGACGUGAGCAGAACCAGCUGGAGGCUCCAGCACCCCGGAACGGUCGGGGGGACCCUCCAUCACCUUCCUGCAGAGCCCCAGCUUGGGCAGGAGCCUGGGGGGGGCUGCCGUCCCCCACUGGCAAGGAGAGCAGAGCCUCUGCCUCCGAGGGGUCAAGGACUGGGGGCUUGGGGGUGGUUUUUUCCAGCAGGAUCCACUUCUUCCUUCCCCACGGAAAGGCCAGAGGAGGUAUUUGUGAAGGACGUGGCCUCGUCACAGCGGGAGCAGGACAUCCAUCACCACGUUGCUGGAGGCACGCCAUGGGUCGGGCAGCGCGGGCAGGGCCGUGCCUGGCCAGCAGCGGCCGGGGGUCUCCUCCUUGCCCGGGGUGGGCAGAGCUGCCAGCAGGGAACCUGAACCUUGAGGGGCUCCUCAAAUCACCCCUGGUUUUGGGGCUGCGUGUCGGAGCCUGCUGCACCACCCCAAUGGGUUCCGGCCCGUGGGUGUGAUGAGUGCGGCACAUUCUCAGCCCACCCGCAGCUGUUGGUCCAUGGCAGGCUGUGACUUGGUGCCACCCGGAGCCAUUUGGAGAAUGGAAAACCCACCCCAAAAGCCUCGGCAUUUAUCAACGAGCUCAUGGUCCCCGCGGGCGAAGGGCGUCCAUGCAGCAGGUCCCCUCCCAGCCCCCCAUUGUCCCGGUUAGAGGGUCCCGGGGCCCCGGUCCCUACAAGGGACAUCCUGGAAAGCCCACGGGGUCUGGUGAGAACUGGCAUGGGAGCAGGGCCACCGUCACGGUGAUGCCAUCCCCCGGGCAUGGGGGGGAUGCCAAAGACAGGGUCUGUCCCCUCCCCGUGGUGGGGACAAACCUCGGGCAUCCCGGCCGGGCUGAAUGACACCGGCAAUGCCACGUCCUGCCGAGAGUGGCCCUGGCCGGGCAUGGAGGUGGCACCCGCGGUUGAGCCUCCUUGGCAGCGAAGGGACUCCCGCCGGCCCCCCAGCCCGUGUUCUGCUCCCUUUGUAAAGACCAGAAAUAAAAAAGCAAUUCUACUUUUGUAAGAUAAUUGUAUAUUUGGCAGUUUUUAAUAUAAGGAUGGUCCAGCUGG